GAUCAAACCUAAGCUGUCAACAAUGAGCUAAGCAUAUUCUCUAUUUCUUUUCUCUUUCUUCUCUUCCAAAGUUUCAUAUUCUUCAAGGCACCUACGAAGCAACACCCUUUAUUCUAGUUGUCUAUGAUUAUACAUCUCCUUUCUCUGGAGAUUGAACAAGAUGGACAUGAGCAGUAUCAGUUUUUUUCGACGCAAGAAGGGAGUUUUAGAUCUCAGUCGCAGUGGUUCAGAUUUAGGCCCAAAAAGCAGACAACUUGAUGUAGAUUAUACAGAAAAGUUAAAAGGAACAACAUCUUCUUCCGAUGUUAGUGCCACUACUAACGGUCUACGCAAGCUUUCAAUUCUGCAGAGGAAGAAAUCUGCAAAGCAGAAAUAUGGAUUCAUCCCUGAUAAUUUCUCAUCCCUUGACCAGGUUACAAAAGCCUUGAGAGAUGCUGGUUUAGAGUCUUCUAAUCUCAUCGUUGGAAUUGACUUCACCAAAAGCAAUGAGUGGUCAGGCAAGGUUUCGUUCAAUAGUCGAAGUCUACAUGCAAUUGGAGAUACAGAAAAUCCAUAUGAGAAGGCCAUCUCUGUAAUUGGAAAGACUUUGGCCCCCUUUGAUGAUGACAACUUAAUUCCAUGUUUCGGCUUUGGUGAUUCUACCACUCAUGAUCAAAAAGUGUUUAGUUUUCACGAUGAUAACUCUCCUUGCCAUGGUUUUGAGGAAGUCUUGGAUUGCUACAAAAAGAUUGUCCCAAACCUACGACUUUCUGGGCCGACUUCUUAUGGACCAGUAAUUGAUGCUGCAGUAGACAUUGUAGAAAACAGUGGUGGCCAAUUCCAUGUAUUGGUUAUUAUUGCAGAUGGCCAGGUCACAAGAAGUGUCAAUACAGACGAUGAAGAAUUGAGUUCACAAGAAGCGAGAACAAUAAACUCAAUCGUCGAUGCAAGUUCACAUGCACUGUCAAUUGUUCUUGUUGGUGUUGGUGAUGGACCUUGGGAAGACAUGAAGAAAUUUGAUGAUAAGAUUCCUUCUCGUGACUUUGACAACUUUCAGUUUGUUAACUUCACAGAUAUCAUGUCCAAGAAUAAAAGUCCAUCAGAGAAAGAAACCGACUUUGCUCUUGCUGCCCUAAUGGAGAUCCCCCUUCAGUACAAAGCAACCAUUGAACUUGGUAUACUUGGACAUAAAACUGGAAGGACAAGGAAAAUGGUUCCAUGCCCUCCUCCAUUGCCCUACAAUUCAAGACCCCGUGGACUAGACCGCGAACCCAGCAACAUCUCAUCACCCACCGUAGAUGAUCCUACCCAGGCAUGCCCAAUCUGUCUAACAAGGGCUAGGAACGUGGCCUUCGGAUGUGGACACAUGACUUGCGGCGAAUGUGGAUCGAAAGUAUCCGACUGUCCGAUUUGCCGCCAGAGGAUCACCAGCCGUCUGAGGCUGUUUGCUUGACGACUUUGUGUAGGUUGGUUGAAUUAGGCAUGGUAGUGUUUACCACGUUUGUGUUUGUAUAUAUAUAUAUAUAUAUGUGUGUGUGUGUUUUGUCUUUUUUUUUUUUUUUUUUUUUUAUGAUGCAUACGUCAUCUGUCAUGCGUCCCUAUGUUUUUAUGUAACUUUUAUUUUCCAUGUAACUUUAUUUUCCCUGGAGAUCUGUAAACUACUUUUCUCUUGAAUAGGGCAAAAACAAUUUCAGGAGCAGAAAUAAACAAUAGUAUAUGGUUUUGCAUUAGCAUAUAAUGUGGAAUAAUCAUCAACUCCCAGCAAAUUGAAGGAUGAACAUUUCAUAACAGUAGAGAAGAAGAAAAAGAAACAAUAUUAAGCAGUUAGAGCGUGGAUACCAGAAAUGUUCGAAAGGACUUGCCUAUAUGAGCUCUGGACUGUUGUGUUCAAGCAAAACACAGACGACAAUACGUAGCAUUUUGAAUUGGAAACUUUCCUCCUCAUCCAGAGAAAAAUAUUCAUGUCUUAUAAGACUUCUGGCUGCCGAUGUGAAUUUCGUAAGCCUUGUUGGUCUUCUGUUGAGUAUCAACUUUGCUGUUGUUUUGCUUUCAAAUAGGUUGAAUUCUCUGGUAAAGUUUCCUCGUCAAUGUUUCUCCCCUCACAGCAGCCACGUAUAAAUCAUUUGUGUCCUCUUUUCGCUGCAGCUCCCCAAGGUAUUCAGCCAGUCUUUCUUGGUUUACUCGUCAAAUCACCUGAUAAGCAAAUUCAAUAAGCAACAAUUCAAUUUAUUUUACAUAUUUGGGGAGACGAAUGCUUUGAAGAAAUAAACCCCAUAAGAGAAGGCUUAUGCAAAGGCCCCACCUUAGCACGUUUGCAAGUCUGCAAGUUAAUGGAAAUUCCUUGUCCAUUACAGUAAACGCCUUAAUUUGUGAAAAAAACAAAUUGAAAUAUCAAUU